AUGUUAAGCAAGCUCAAACUUACAAACCUUCGGCGGCGGUCCCGCCAGAGUUUAAACAUCGCUUCAGAAAUACCUUUGGCACAACCCGUUGCUUGUGCGUCAGAAUCUCAUCAAGAGGGAUCCGAUAGUCUUGCAACCGGACUAACUAUAACACCGAAUGGUUCUUCGCCGUCCAUUAUAUCGGCUAGCACCACUUGGAAUGAUUCCGCGCGGGCGUCGAUAUCGUCACAGCAGUUUGUCCCCCCAGUCCCCCCAGUCCCCCCAAAACCGAACUUGGAGGAACCACCUGGCGAAGAUAUAGGGUCUCCGGUGUUGAGACGUCAAUCUACAUACAUCAAUCCACACAUCCCGAUGACACAACCGGUCCAACCCAUAUCACCGAACGCACCCCGGAUAAUUUCUAUCAGUGAUGGCUCGUGGGCCUUCGCCUCCAUUCUGUUGGUAUUUGGUCAAUGCGGCUCACCCGAUCGGCCACAGGACGGAAUAAUUGUCGUUCAUCAUCAUCACGGGAAUUUCCCACCUACGUCUUGGCCUGUAUCCGAUGGGUUCUUUCGUGCCCUAGUAUACCUCGAGCCUGGUCCCAACAAAUUGCAGUUCGAGUAUACGUCUGGAAGGGAGACGCUUCAAUCCAUAUCGCAUAUAACUAUCCACAUGAUGCCGCUGGCUGCUCCGCCGCUUCACUUGGUAAUACUCCUUGGAAGUGAUUCACCGGCUACGUUUGAUUCCCCCCCGGACAAAAUUAAAACCCAAGGCAACGGGUUGGAUACUGCUAUCAAAAAAUUUCGUAUGGCAGCAUAUCUGUGGCAGGCAUAUACCGCAGAAGAGAUGGCAAGAAACAAAUUCGGGCGGCGAACGUUCAGAUUUGAGGAGACAUGGGCUGCAGAAUCAAUUUCUCAUCGUGAUAGGAUGUCUAGGAUGGUGCCCAAGGUCCACGUCCUCCGGUCAGAAAGGACUGUUGCCGAAAUUAGAGAUCUUGAUAUCGCGCAGCAAAAUUCGAAGGGGAAAAGGACAGGAGAGUUGUGGAAUGUUGCUUACAAAACUGUAGAAAAGCACUUCUCGCCUAAAUCAGUCUAUGAUAGGAAACAUGUUGCUGUUCUAAUACUCGAUUCGAAAUGGGACCCUGCAUCACAGGUCAUUACUGGCCAUGCUGCACUUGGCGGCGGGUCUGGCUUCAUCCAAAUGGGGAUAUUUGGCAGCCAUUCACUACACAGCUGGCCAAAAUUCAUCGAGGAUGUUGUCCCAUCAUUAACUGACUGCACGAGGACGGAUACUAGAAUCAUUGCAAAUGACGCAGGUCAAUCUGGCUCGUAUUGGGAAGCAUGUUGCAUUGGUAUUGGUGCCUUUCUUCACGAAGUUGGGCAUGCUUUCGGAUGUCCUCACCAACCAUCUGGUAUUAUGGUCCGAGACUACGUCAGGUUUAAUAGAUCAUUUGUUACGAGGGAAUCAUAUUCUACAAGAACCAAGUCUCCUGGACUACGGCUUUGUUUGCCUAAAGAUGAAUGUCAUUGGCACCGACUAGAUAUAUUGAGAUUCAGAUUUCAUCCAUGUUUCAGAUCGACCUCUGACCCCCCUUCCCUAUUCGAAGGCGACAACCCUCAAGUAUAUGGAGUAGGGGUUGGCGCUGUCGUAGUUUCUUCGACUGGGGUCGCCUGGAUUGAAAUAUAUGUCAACGAUAUAUUGCAAAACUACUACGAAGUGUUCCCGAAAGUCGAACGUAAUUUCAACGUCACAGUAUCUGAUAUUCUGUCUAAAAUUCCCCCAACUGAAAAAUCUAGGAAGAUCAAGCUCAGCAUAUUCACCAUCGGUCACGGAAAAUUGGACAUCGAUGACUUCCUGGAAACCGCACAAAGUUUCAUUAAGCUCCGCGGGGGGGAGAGGGCUUUCCAGAGCAUGAGGUUAGGUCUGGGUGGAGGGUCUCCUAGUGAAGCGAUUCUACCAAUCGGAACGAACAGAGUUUUAAACGGAAUUCGUGUUUAUUCUGGAUCAGCUCUGAACGGUAUUGAGUUUAUUUUCGACGAUAGCUCCUCAUCGAUAUUCGGAAACCGAGGGGGGUCGUGCUCUGAAUACCUUUUAGAUACGAGGAAGGGGGAGUCUCUCCUAGGGUUCUCUGUCAGAAGCGGGUUUUGGGUGGACGGUUGUGAUAUUCUUACUACCCUUGGCCGCCGUUCACCCUUUUUUGGUAACUAUAAUGGUGGCUCGCCGGGCUAUAGAAUUGCAGGAGUAUCUGGUACCGUUGGGCAGUGGGUGGAUUCGUUUGCUAUUAUAUAUAAAUGA